AAUAAUAAUUCAAAGUACAAAGCCAAAUCGGCCGUGGUGGUCUGGUGGUGCGUGGCGGAGUGUGGUGCGAAAAAGAGACUGCGACGAGAAGAUGGCCGCUAUUCGCUCUCGACUGGAACGUACCUAGUGCGCGCUGUUUUCGCAUAGAAUUUUCGUGUGCUUGUGUAUAUGUGUACAUUCAUGUGUGUGUGCUUGCUGCAACAUCUUCGGCGACCUUUUCGCGCAUAGCCUAAGAAAUUUUACUCGGUGCGGCCUAGAUUGGACAUACUACCAGUGAAUAUAUUUACCUAACAUUCUUUCGAAAGCAAGAACAUCCUGAGGGAACGUGGACCUCUUCUCCGUAGGCUAUACGUCGGCUCAUGUUAUUUUCGUGCGCGCCCUCUGUGUUUUUCCAUAUGUAUAUACAAUUGUACAUAUAAAUAGAUAUACAAAGAUUAAAGUACAGUUUGUUCUCUCUCUUUUUCUCUGAUGAAGAUGAUGGAGUCUGGCUACUCUGGCUACUAGUAGGUAUAUCUGUACGGCAUACCUAUAACAUAUAACGACGGACGGAGAGGAGAGAAGGCAGUAGGUAGUAAGGCAGCAGUACGCGAGGGGGAGAGGGAGAGAGAAAAACGAGAGAGAGUGCGGUGGUGUGUCGGUCUGUCUGUUUGCCUGUCGGUCGGCUCCGCGUUGUUGGGUGCAUGUGUCGUGAUACGACCUGGUGACACAGGGACGCGGAGGGUUUCGUUGGGAGGGAGCCUCGUCGUCUACGAGGCGGCGCCGGAGGUGGUGCAUAUCAGCCCAGAGGCCGGUGAGGAGCGAGCUGUCUCGGUGUAAGCGCUACGAAAAAUGCCGAGCGCCUCGUUCACCUCGUCUCGCAGCUACCCCAGGAGGUCCAGGCGGAAAGGAGCCAACAGGAUUCCUCUGCCGUCUAGGACGAGUUCGGUCGAAUCGCUCGAGAUCAUAUCGUCAAAUCAGAUACCACUGGGCGGUGGUGGCGGUGGCGCAGGUGGUGCUGGAGGAAUCGGCGGAGCAAACAGAGGAGCAUCCCCAAGCGUAUCGGGGGUAGCUGCCCCCUCGCCCUCGCCGUCGCACUCGCACUCGUCGCCUUAUGACCUUAGACGCAAGUCCCCACCACAUCCGGAUCCCGCGCCAGGUACCAGCUCGGCUCUACCACCUUCAGGUGGGAACAAUGUAUCAGCCGGCAUUUCUGGAGGCUCGUCCCUUCCAGCGCGGAAGCGACCCCGGCGAACAUGCUCGCUGUCCACCGAUGUGGGAACAAAUACCAACACGGCAGCGCACUAUCUGCAGUACGAGUUGCCGGACGAAGUUCUCUUGACGAUCUUCACUUACUUAACGGAGCAAGACCUGUGCAGAGUAUCCCAAGUCUGCAAGCGUUUCCAGGUCAUAGCGAACGACACCGAGCUCUGGAAGUCCCUUUACCAGCAGGUCUACGAGUACGACCUGCCGCUCUUUAAUCCUGGCCCCUGCAGGUUCGAGUUCGUCUCGCCCGAGGAGUCGGACUACCUGAACCCUUGGAAGGAAAGUUUUCGACAACUCUAUCGCGGUGUACACGUGAGACUCGGCCAUCAGGAGUCGAAGCACAGGUCCAGAAACCUUCCCUGCUUCAACACCAUCCAGGGUGCCCUGGACUAUCUCGACGAGUUUCGAAAUAGCUCGAGCUCCAGCUCUACCAACUCCAGUCCCGUGCUAGGUCUAUGUAACAAUAAUCAGGGCAGCAGUUGCAACGGUGCUGGAAAUAAUGCGGCCGGUAAUGGACAAAACGGGUCGAACAACAGCAACUCGGCGCAGAACAAAGAGGUCGACGAGGCUCCGCAGAACAUAGUGUUUCUACACGCGGGCACCUACCGUACAGAGUUUCUCGUGAUCGACAGCGACGUGGCUCUCAUAGGAGCCGCGUCGGGCAACGUUGCCGACGCUGUCAUUCUCGAACGAGAGACUGAGUCUACGGUUACGUUCAUCGACGGCGCCAAAAGAGCCUACGCUGGCCACAUGACCUUAAAGUUCACGCCCGACGCGGCCAGCACCGUCACGCAUCACAAGCACUAUUGCCUGGAGAUCGGCGAUAACUGCAGCCCGACGAUCGACCAUUGUGUCAUCAGGAGCUCGAGUGUUGUUGGAGCAGCAGUUUGCGUUUCGGGCAUGGGGGCAAAUCCAAUCAUCAAGAACUGCGAUAUUUCGGAUUGCGAAAACGUUGGCCUGUACGUAACGGACUACGCACAGGGCACGUACGAAGACAACGAAAUAUCACGGAACGCGCUAGCCGGUAUCUGGGUGAAGAACUUUGCCAACCCGAUAAUGCGACGAAACCACAUACAUCACGGCAGAGACGUCGGUAUUUUUACCUUCGACAACGGGUUAGGAUAUUUCGAAGCUAACGACAUUCACAAUAACCGCAUUGCUGGCUUUGAGGUCAAGGCGGGCGCGAACCCCACAGUCGUACACUGCGAGAUCCAUCACGGACAGACUGGUGGGAUCUACGUGCACGAGACUGGCAUGGGACAAUUUAUCGACAACAAAAUACACUCAAACAACUUUGCUGGUGUUUGGAUCACGUCAAACUCAAACCCCACGAUUCGUAGAAACGAGAUUUACAAUGGUCAUCAAGGUGGUGUUUACAUCUUUGGUGAAGGUCGCGGUCUCAUCGAGCACAACGAUAUAUAUGGCAAUGCUCUCGCGGGUAUUCAAAUUCGAACGAAUUCGGAUCCAAUUGUUCGGCACAACAAGAUCCAUCAUGGCCAGCACGGAGGUAUCUAUGUGCACGAAAAGGGACAAGGUCUCAUCGAAGAGAAUGAAGUUUUCGCCAACACCCUUGCCGGCGUUUGGAUAACAACUGGCUCCACUCCGGUAUUGCGGAGAAAUAGGAUUCAUAGUGGCAAGCAAGUUGGUGUAUAUUUUUACGACAACGGACAUGGAAAAUUGGAGGACAAUGAUAUUUUUAAUCACCUCUACUCGGGAGUGCAAAUAAGAACUGGAAGCAAUCCCGUUAUUAGAGGCAACAAAAUAUGGGGUGGUCAAAACGGUGGUGUUUUAGUUUAUAAUAGCGGCUUAGGCUUACUCGAACAAAAUGAAAUUUUUGAUAACGCAAUGGCUGGAGUUUGGAUAAAAACGGACAGCAAUCCAACAUUAAAACGAAAUAAAAUUUUUGAUGGUAGAGAUGGUGGUAUAUGCAUAUUUAAUGGCGGCAAAGGAAUCCUAGAGGAAAAUGAUAUAUUUAGAAAUGCGCAAGCGGGAGUACUGAUAUCGACUCAGUCGCACCCGAUAUUAAAGAAAAAUCGUAUUUUUGACGGUCUAGCAGCUGGUGUCGAAAUAACGAACAACGCCACUGCCACAUUGGAGUAUAAUCAAAUAUUUCACAACAGGUUUGGUGGAUUAUGCUUGGCUAGUGGUGUGCAGCCAAUAAUACGAGGCAACAAAAUUUUUGAUAAUCAAGACGCGGUUGAAAAAGCAGUGGGUAAUGGACAGUGCCUGUACAAGAUAUCGUCUUAUACGUCGUUCCCAAUGCAUGACUUUUAUCGUUGUCAAACAUGUAACACCACGGAUAGAAAUGCUAUUUGCGUCAAUUGCAUAAAAACUUGUCACGCUGGUCACGAUGUAGAGUUUAUUCGACAUGAUAGAUUCUUCUGCGACUGUGGAGCUGGAACACUGAGCAAUCAAUGUCAGCUGCAGGGUGAGCCAACACAAGACACUGAUACGCUUUACGACAGUGCCGCCCCCAUGGAGUCACAUACGCUGAUGGUCAACUAGGAUUUAACUUAAGAGAAGAAACAAUAAAGAAAUCAUGCCUCUUCGUCCUUUCUUUCUGCCCAUAUUCUUAUAAUCGUCAAAGAUGUUCAAGACUUUGACUUUUACACAAAAACGGAACAACAGAGAGAGGGAGCAAGAGGAAUUUAUAUGUGAAUGAGUUGCGAGAUACACGCUCACACGUAACCAGGUGCCACGUAUGUAAAUUUGUGUAUAAGAUAAUGCAAAGCACGAAACAAAAGACUAAAAAUUUUGAAUUAAUAAGUGAAUGGUAAUGGCUAUGGACCUCUUUAAAUCUUAUAUGACCGAUACAGUGAUUCGGUAUAUUAUUAUUAUUAAUUAUAAUAAUUUUCGUGCGUGACUGAGCGUAUAAUAUUUAUAAUGAAAUAAUAAACAAGGUUGCACAUGUCAUUUAACAUUUAACAAAAAUGGAAAGAAGAAAUAAUCAUGGUUGCGCGACUACACGUCAAAAAACAAAAAUGUGAUUUCGAGUGACAGAAUGGAAUGAGAAGAGAUGUUAAAAAAAAAAAAUUCAAAAAAUCCGAAAAAUGUGAUAUACAUACUUCUUUUAACCGGAAAUGAUAUUGGGAAAAAAAAAUCAAAUGAAUAGAUAAAACGACGAUAUUAUUAAAAAAGUACAAUGAAAUACUUUCUUCUCCGGUUUUCUAAUCAGCGCCACGAAUCAUUGGUCAUUUCUCCCCCGACGUGUCAUUCAUUUAAAAAAAUGUGAUGGUCCUACUGCCUAAAAUGGGCAAAGUGCAUAAUAAGGAUGAAAAUAAUACGGUGAUGAGGUGAUUGAUCACUGAAUAAUAGAUAUUUAAAGUAUAUUAUCAUAAAUAUACCACGAUGUUUACCAGUGACAGAAAAGUAUAAAUUAAUAAAACUGAGAUUUAAAUAAGAGAAAAAAGAAGAACGUGUGGAAGUACUGUUAAUGAAGCAGUUUUUAAAAAUAAUCUCUGAGCU